AUGGGUUCCGCGGACACAAAAUUCCCUGUUCGAUAUGAAGACCCAGAGUAUCAAUCGAAUCACCAAAGGCUGUUUUCUGGCGCUUUGCUAACACCGCUGGAACAAGUCCUGCCCCCUUGUCUGAGCCAACAGGACUUUGAUCGAGUCAUUAAGGAGCUCCAGCAUGUUGUCGGAAAGGAAUUCACCUUCAUAGGUGCGGCGCUGGAGGAGUAUGUCGAUCCUUACGAGUUGUGGGAAAAGGAAGGCCGGAGAAGGAUACCCAGUGCAGCAGUCUGUCCCUCGUCCAACGAACAACUUCGUGCUAUCCUGGCGAUUGCCAACAAGUAUGGCGUUCCUGUGUGGACCUUUUCUCGAGGCAAGAACCUAGGAUAUGGUGGACCAGCACCCAGACUCAACGGCUCCCUGGCCCUGGAUCUACACCGCAUGAACAAGAUUCUGGAAGUUAAUGACCAGUUUUCUUACGCCGUCGUUGAGCCGGGCGUGACGUUCACCGACCUAUACCAAUAUUGCGUGAAGAACAAGCUCCGCGUCUGGCCUAGCGUCCCAUCGCUGGGAUGGGGAAGCGUUGUCGGCAAUACAGUUGAUCGAGGCACCGGAUUCACUCCGACCGCAACCCAUCACCAGCAUAUCUGCGGUUUGGAAGUUAUGCUUGCCGAUGGAGAUAUCGUGAGAACAGGACAGUUUGCGAUUUCGAAUUCGCCAUCAGCACAUCUUUCCAAGUUCACAUUCGGCCCAUCAAUUGAAGGUCUUUUCCUUCAAAGCAAUCUCGGCAUCGUCACGAAAAUGGGGAUCUGGCUGCAUCCACAGCCACAAGCAUACAUGUCUUGUUCUUUCGAUAUGCCCGAGUUUGAAGACGUUGAGUUGAUUGUCGAUAUCUUCGGAGCGUUACGCCGAGACGGACUCCUUCCAAGCACUGUUUAUGUCUCCAACAUUGUUGAGUGGCUGGGAAUGAUGGGCAAACGUGAAGAGUUGUGGCCUGAGAAAGGCCCAAUCCCUGACUGGCGGAUAAAAGAGCUCCAGAAACAGCUGGGUCUCGGAUACUGGAAUAUCAAAUUUGGUCUUUAUGGUGCCAAAGAUGUUGUUCAAGCCCACUUUGACGAAUUGAAGAGAAUUAUCAACAAGAAAGCGCCGCAGUCUGCACAUCGUCUUCAAGGCCAUCUAUUCUCUGGCAAGAAUGAGGAGCUCUUGGAGGCAACCACCGUGCCAGAGUCUCAUGGAGGCUUCUUCGUCGGAGUCCCAAGCCUUUGGAGCUUGCCGAUGACAAAAUACCGCCUUCCCAAAGAAAGGCCUGGCAUUGGAGCUCAUGCUGAUUACUCUCCAAUCAUUCCUUCGUCUGGAAAGAUGGUCUUGGAAUGGGUACGUACGGCGAGGCGUAUAUGCGAGGCUCAUAAUUUUGACCUCUUCUGUGAUUUCUUCAUGCAUGAGCGACAUGUCAUCUUCGUCAACAUGAUGGUGUUCGACAAAACCAAUGAUGAGCACCGAAAAGCCGUCGAUUCCAUCUUCCGACAAUUGUUCAAAGAGGGCCGUCAAAGAGGUUUCAGCAAGUACAGAUCUCAUCUCAAUUAUAUGGAUCUGGUUGCUGAUUCCUACGACUUCAAUGACCAUGCAUAUCGGCGUUUCGUGGAGAAAUUGAAGGACUCCCUGGACCCUCAUGGGAUAUUAUCGCCGGGGAAACAAGGAAUAUGGCCAGCCAAAUAUCGCAAGUUCAGAGAACAUCUAUAA